UGAUUCCUAUUAAAACAGCCAAUACACCACUCUCACCCCCUAACUCAAAAUGUCCUUCUUUUCCUCCUCCAACCUGGCCACCGCCAAGACGGUGCUCUCGGCGGCGGCCUCGGUGGCUGCCACCGCAAUGGUGGUCCGCUCCGUGGCGAGCGACCUCCUCCCGUCGGAGCUCCGGUCCUACAUCACCAACGGCAUCCACAGCAUGUUCUGGCGCUUCUCCUCCGAGAUAACCCUGGUCAUCGACGAGUUCGACGGCCUCCUCAACAACCAAAUCUACGAGGCCGCCGAAACCUACCUCGGCGCCAAAAUCUCUCCCAACACACGCAGACUUAAAGUCAGCAAGCCCGAGACAGACACAACCUUCGCCCUCACAAUGGAGCGCAACGAGUCCUUAACCGACGUUUUCAGAAGCAUGAAAUUUAACUGGGUUCUCGUCUGCCGUCAGGUCGAGUCCAGAGGCUUCCACAACCCUCGCGACCUCAACGCCACCAUGAAAUCCGAGGUUCGCUCCCUCGAACUCACUUUUAACAAGAAGCAUAAAGACAUGGUGCUCCAAACCUAUCUUCCCUAUAUCCUCAACGAAGCCAAGUCCAUGAAACAAGCUACAAAAGCGCUUAAGAUCUUCACAGUCGACUACCAGAACAUGUACGGCAACAUCAGCGACGCGUGGGUGGGGAUGAAGCUGGACCAUCCCGCCACGUUCGACACGCUGGCGAUGGAGCGUGGCGCGAAGGAGUUUGUCAUGAGGGACUUGGAGAGGUUCGUAAAGAGGAAGGAGUAUUAUAGGAGAGUUGGGAAGGCGUGGAAGAGAGGGUAUUUGCUGUAUGGUCCUCCCGGCACCGGGAAAUCGAGCUUGAUUGCUGCCAUGGCGAAUUACUUGAAGUUUGAUGUGUAUGAUUUGGAGCUGACGGAGCUGAAUGCUAACUCGGAGCUCAGGAGGUUGCUCAUUGCAAUGGCGAAUAGGUCCAUUCUUGUUGUGGAGGACAUUGAUUGCACUGUUGAGUUUCAUGAUCGGAGAGCUGAGGCCAGAGCUGCUUCUGGACAUAACAACGACAGACAGGUUACACUAUCGGGGUUGCUUAAUUUCAUUGAUGGGUUAUGGUCAAGUUGUGGGGAUGAGAGGAUCAUAGUGUUCACAACAAACCACAAGGACAAGCUUGACCCUGCAUUGCUGCGCCCUGGUCGAAUGGAUGUUCACAUUCACAUGUCCUAUUGCACUCCCUGUGGUUUCAGGCAGCUAGCUUCCAAUUACCUCGGAAUCAAAGAGCAUUCUCUCUUCGAAAAGAUCGAGGAAGAGAUGCAGAAAACCCAGGUGACUCCUGCUGAGGUAGCAGAACAGCUUCUGAAGAGCAGCCACAUCGAAACUAGCCUCGAACAGCUUAUAGAUUUCAUGAGAAAGAAGAAAGAAACUCAGAAAUUGGAGGCUAAAAAGAAGGAACAAGAGGCCAAAGAGGAACAGCAGAGAAAGGAAAUUGAUGAUGGUGGUAAAGGAGAAAAAGUUGACAGUGAUGAUAACAAUAAUGAAAAGAAAAGUACUACUACCUAGUUAAAUAACACUUCUUGAAACUUUUGAUUAACAUCAUACCUUAAUCAAAAACUUGAAGACUCAUAUUUAUGAAUUUUAUCUUUAUUUAUAUGGUGUUCAAUUUUCUUAUUUUUAUUUAAUAUGAAACUUUAUUUUUCACUUGUAUUCCAACAAUUUACCUGUUGAUGGAAAAAGGAUUGUUGUUAGUGUUCGGGAGUGGGUGUCAAUUGUCAAACCGCCAUAUUUUUGUUUGCUAAGAAAAGCAUUAACUGUUCAUGUCAUAUUGGCACGGAGAAUACUUCUAUAUUUUUGUAUGUAUAGUCGUUACGCUUA